UCUUGCCUGUUAGCAUCGGAAUCAGCGACUUUCAAGCGUAAGCAUCUGUUGUGACUGGUUUGUGUUUUAGAUAUUUGAAAUUUUUGUUUGAGAAACUUUUAUAAAUUGUUUAAACAGUUAUUUGGUAAACUCCAACAAAAUGCAGCGAGAUUACUUAGCCGAUAAAGAAACCAUCAAAUCGUUUUUGACUGAAUUCCACAAGGAAGAUGAUGAUGGCAAGAAGAUAUUCGUGUACGCUCGACAAAUGACGAACAUCGCCCAUCGGGAGCAGGUUGGUCUAACGGUCGAUUUGGAUGAUGUGGUCAACUAUAACGAUCAGCUGGCGGAAGCAAUACAGCUGAACGCCAGACGCUACGUUAAACUGUUUUCGGAUACAGUUUUUGAAUUGCUGCCCUCUUACAAGGAGCGCGAAGUCAUCAACAGGGAUCCGUUGGAUAUUUACAUCGAGCAUCGACUGUUGAUGCAGGCACGCACCAGAAAUCCGCAUGAAGAGCGUGACGCGCGUAAUUCCAUUCCAGCAGAGCUGAUUAAGCGCUUCGAGGUGUACUUCAAAGCUCCCAGCUUAUCGAAAGCCGUUUCCAUUCGUGAGGUAAAGGCGCAAAGUAUCGGGAAAUUGGUGACACUUCGCGGUAUUGUGACCAGAUGUACCGAAGUGAAGCCGAUGAUGACAGUUGCCACCUAUACAUGUGAUCGCUGUGGUGCUGAAACGUACCAACCUGUUGCAUCGAUGACUUUUAUGCCAACGGUUGAUUGUCCCUCGGAGGACUGCCGUGUGAAUAAGGCCGGAGGGCGCCUCUAUUUACAAACUCGUGGUUCUAAGUUUAUGAAAUUCCAGGAAUUGAAGAUUCAAGAACACAGCGAUCAGGUUCCAGUGGGACACAUUCCUCGGUCACUGACUGUUAUGUGCCGUGGAGAAACCACACGCAUGGCUCAACCUGGUGAUCAUGUUGUGAUUACUGGUAUUUUCCUACCGAUACAAAGAUCCGGAUUUAAGGCUAUGGUUUCUGGUUUGUUGAGUGAAACCUUCUUAGAGGCUCACAGGAUUGUUUGUCUUAAUAAAUCGGACGACGGAGAUACUAGUAACGAGUUGACUGCGGAUGAGUUAACCGAAUUGGCUAAAGAUGAUUUUUACACCCGGAUCGCCAGUAGUUUGGCACCUGAAAUUUACGGUCAUCUUGACGUGAAAAAAGCUUUGCUGUUGCUUUUGGUUGGUGGUGUUGAUCGCAGUCCGGAUGGUAUGAAGAUUCGCGGUAAUAUAAACAUUUGCUUGAUGGGUGAUCCUGGAGUAGCCAAGUCACAGUUGUUGGGAUACAUCGAUCGCCUCGCAGUUCGUAGUCAGUACACUACAGGCCGCGGCUCAUCUGGUGUUGGUUUGACAGCUGCCGUUAUGAAGGAUCCUUUGACUGGUGAAAUGUUGCUCGAGGGAGGAGCGCUUGUUUUGGCUGAUCAGGGUGUAUGUUGUAUUGAUGAAUUCGAUAAAAUGGCUGAUUCGGAUCGUGUUGCAAUUCACGAAGUUAUGGAGCAACAGACAAUUUCGAUUGCUAAAGCGGGUAUAAUGACGUGCUUGAAUGCUCGAGUUUCAAUUUUGGCUGCAGCCAAUCCGGCAUAUGGCCGUUACAAUCCUCGUCGCACUAUCGAGCAAAACAUUCAACUGCCAGCCGCGCUUCUGUCUCGUUUCGAUCUGCUUUGGUUGAUCCAGGAUAAGCCGGAUCGCGAUAAUGAUCUGCGUUUGGCCAAACAUAUUACCUUUGUGCAUAGCCAUGGAAAGCAACCGCCGUCGCGGAUUAAGACGCUGGACAUGUCUCUGAUUCGACGUUACAUUGCACUCUGUAAACGCAAGACACCCGUCAUCACUCCGGAACUGUCCGAUUACAUCGUGAAUGCAUACGUAGAGCUGCGUCGCGAGGCUCGUAACAAUCGCGACGUGACUUUCACCUCUGCUAGGAAUUUGUUGGGAAUUCUUCGUCUGGCGACUGCUUUGGCUCGGCUGCGACUUGCCGAUGAGGUCGAUAAGGAUGACGUGCUCGAGGCACUGCGGUUGCUGGAGAUGUCGAAAGAUUCGCUGAAUCAGACCGAGCAGAAGACUACUCACGUUCAAAAUACAUCGGACAAAAUCUUCGCCCUUGUGCGAGAGCUGGCCGGUGCCAGCAAAACCGUUAAAAUCUCUGAUGUCAUGGAACGGUGCACUACCAAGGGCUACAAACCUGACCAGGUGGACAACUGCAUCGAGCAGUAUGAGGAACUGAACGUCUGGCAGGUUAAUCAAACCAGAACGAAGCUUACGUUUAUUUAAGCGAAAACGUCUCAUUUAUCUGAAUGCAUUUUAAAUAUUUGUAGUUUUGUUUUUUUUCCGUUUGACUUUUUAAGGGUUAAACUUUUCUGCAUGUAGAAUCGGAUGAUCAUAAAAUAAACAUCAAAUGACAAACUUCAAA